AAAAGGGUGUCCUAUCUUUCAAUUGUCAGGUACACAAAGAAAGCUCAGCAUUUGUGUAAAAUUUCCAAGUGCAAUACUUUUGCAUUUUUUUUCAAAAGCUGCAGACAAUUUCUCUGAGGUUUUGAGAAUUCAUCAAUUAUGGCAACUUUAAGCAGAUUCUUGAAGAAAAGAUCAUUCUGCAAUAAUAAUGUUGAUUUGAUUAAAGCAGUUAGUACCAGAUUGUUCUCUACAGAGCCAUUAGUUGAUAAUCCCAAGUUACAACUUCCUCAUACUAACAUCAAGUCUGAAGUUUCUCAACUAAUUGGAAAAACACCCAUGGUUUAUCUUAAGAAAGUGACAGAAGGAUGUGGAGCUUAUAUAGCUGUGAAACAAGAGAUGUUUCAACCUACUUCUAGCAUAAAAGACAGACCAGCAUUGGCAAUGAUCAAUGAUGCAGAAAAGAAAGGCUUAAUAUCACCUGAAAAAACAACGUUGAUUGAGCCAACAUCUGGAAAUAUGGGGAUCAGUAUGGCAUUUAUGGCAGCAAUGAAAGGCUACAAAAUGGUUUUGACAAUGCCUUCAUACACAAGCAUGGAAAGGAGAGUAACAAUGAGAGCAUUUGGAGCUGAUUUAAUCCUCACUGAUCCAACCAAAGGAAUGGGAGGAACUGUUAAGAAGGCUAAUGAACUUUUGGAAUCUACACCUAAUGCUUUCAUGCUUCAACAGUUUAAUAAUCCUGCAAAUACUCAGAUUCAUUUUGAGACAACUGGCCCUGAAAUAUGGGAAGAUUCUCUGGGUAAUGUUGACAUAUUUGUCAUGGGAAUAGGAAGUGGAGGCACUGUUACUGGUGUUGGACAAUAUCUUAAAUCCAAAAAUCCCAAUGUCAAGAUAUAUGGAGUCGAGCCAACUGAAAGCAAUGUACUGAAUGGUGGAAAACCAGGUCCUCAUCACAUAACAGGGAAUGGGGUUGGAUUCAAGCCAGAUAUCCUUGACAUGGAUCUAAUGGAGGAAGUUCUGAUGGUUUCAAGUGAAGACGCUGUAAACAUGGCUAGGGAGUUGGCAGUGAAGGAAGGACUUAUGGUUGGGAUAUCGUCGGGAGCUAAUACAGUAGCAGCUCUUAGACUUGCUCACAAACCAGAGAACAAAGGCAAACUCAUAGUGACUGUACAUGCAAGUUUUGGAGAGCGGUACUUAUCAUCUGUUCUGUAUGAAGACCUGAGGAAAGAAGCCGAGAACAUGCAACCUGUUUCAGUCGAUUAAUGUUUCAAUGUUACUGAGAUUAUAGUCGAAGGCUCUGCACGAAAAAUGUUUUCUUUUUCUAAAUGAUGUUUUCUGUAUGUCUACUGUUGAUGAUUACCUUUAUGAAUCCUGUUGUUGCUAUAUCUUAGUAAGUAAAUCAGCAUGUUAAUCCAUUAUUGUGAGUUUUGAUAUGAA